GAGGAAGCAGAGGUGAAAGCGCGAUGAGAGGAAGUGGUAGGGUUUGAGCUAGGUUUUGCGUUCAGAUGAAGAAGAAGAAGACGGUAAAUGAUUCUCCACCAAGUCCGACCCGGCCCGGGUUCCGGUUUUUCUGUUGUAGCUCUUCUGCAGACACUAGCAAUUAGCAAAUGGACAAAUAGGACAAACCACAUGGUGUUUGGUGUUACCUACGCAAACGGGACGGUGUUUAGAACGAAACCUGGAAACAAUAUACUGUCGACAUAUAUACUCUUUCCUGUUUCUCAGUUAUUUUAGCCAAAAUCAUAAAAUUAAGAAAACUGUUCAUUUUUGAAAUAAUAUUAUUUAAUAGUAUAAAAGUUCAACUAGUCAUAAGAAAUUAUAGAUAAUUAAUUUGUGACACGAUAUCUAAUAAAUAAUAUAUAUAUAUAUUAAAAUGUAAAAAUAACAUAUUUUGAAAUAAAACAUAUAUUUCUAAAACAAUUUAUGCUAUGACAACAAAGGGAGUAGCUUUUGUGAUUCGCAGUUAAUUAUGGAAUAUUUGUUUUGUAAACUGCAAACCUAUAUAUGUAAAUUAGAAUUUUGACUUGACAAAUUUAUAUUGCACAUUCCUCCCUGGGAAGUUCUUGGUAUUUACACUUUUAGACUUUAAAGACUUAAAAAUCACGAUAUGGCAAGUGAAUGUCGCAUCAAGCAUUGGUGUAGCCGUGUACGUCGACAACGACGACAAGUGACCAUAUUCACCGAAAGCCAGAAAAAAAUAGUGCACGGUCCCUUGCGCUCUAGCUGGACGGAGCAGUUCAGUGGGUUUGAUUAUUAGUACAAUGCGUCCUCACCCGAUAGCUCAGAGACAAUGUAUCACUUUCCUGUCCAGGUCCCGAGAGAUUCAGUUUCCAGCGAAUGUGGUGACGGCCAGUUUUAAAUAAAUUGUAUAUUAGUUAAAUUUCAAUUUGUUUAACCGGUCUACAUUUUUUUCGUAAAGGACAGACAUGACAUGCAGUAUGAAUAAACUUCAUACACGAUACAUCUCAUGGAAUCAUACCAUAUAUCUCACGUAUUUCGGCGGUCUUUCUUUUUCUAAUCAUUAGGUCGCACUCAAAAAACCAUCUUCGCACUUAAAUAUAUUCAUUCAACACAGUCACCAUAUUUUACUUUUUGAAGUCAAAAGUAUAGUCUAUAGAUGCAUACAAGAAAGCAAAUCUUACUAUAAUAUUAUGGGUUGAUUUUGAAAUAUGAGUACAAAAUAGCUUCUUUCUUUUAAAGGAUCGUUUAACCUAUAUUGUAGACGACGUGUAUAUUGGCCACUCAUUUAGGUCCCUUCAUUUUAUGCAAGAGGCAUUAACAUUAAUAAAUGUAUGAGUAACAUCAGUCAAUUGUAAACCCUAUUAUUAGUAUUUUGUAAACCCUAAUUUCUCGCUACAUAUAUAAAAGAGAUUUGUCAUAUUUUUUAGCAUCUGCAUUUAGAGUAUCUCUAAUGUAAUACCCCAUUUUUUCUCUAAAAUAAAAUAAUAGUAAAAAUGGAGUAAAAAUACUACAACCCUACUCAAUUUCUCAUUCUAUGGCAGUAUGGAGUGAUGAACAAAUAAAAAAUAGAUUAUUUUAUUUAUGGAGUAAACUCCAUUAUAGAGUAAGAUUUGAAGUUGGGUUGGAGCAAUUCUUACUCUAUUUUGGAGAAAAAAAAUGGAGUGGGGGUAGUUGGAGAUGCCCUUACAUUUGUAGAACAAUUAAGUGUCAGUUCAUUGUUUCUAUUCCGUUAAUUAUCCUUAUUGGAUUUUGUGAUUUUACCUGUUUUUAACAAUCACAAAGUUCAUCAGUUACAAAAUUGUAUAUACAGUAUGUUCUGUCAUGACACGAUUCCGCAAGUUCAAUUACAAAAGAGGAAACUGAAUUGUUUUUUGAAGAUUAAAAUUCUUGAUUGGUGGUGAUGGAGAAUCAUGGAAUAUUGAAAAUACAAAAGCAAAAUAAAGUAAUAAUAAACUUAAUUACGAAAGUUGAAAUUAUACUUUAUAAUGCAAUUCUUACAUAUAUAUUUUCAUUGAACCUAACCCUGAGGUUUUAACUAAAUGGUGUAUCUCUUUCAAAAAAAAAAUAACUAAAUGGUAUUCUGUGUGUUUUGAUCAGGAUAUAUUGUAUAUUAAACAUAUAUCACUAUUUGAAAAUUCACCAUAUUCCAGUUCAAGGCUAUUUGUUGUUGAAAAAAUUAUAUGCUGUCACACACUCAGAAAUAUUGAAUUGGCUGAGUGAACCCCCAGAAGGAUUGAGAUUUAUUCCCAAAAAAGCAGAUGAGUGAACGGAAUCUAAUACUCCGAUGACUGUAUAAUUCAACGAUAUAUAUAAUAUGAAAUCCAACUAGAUCAUAUUAGUUUUGAUAUAAUAUAGAAACUAUAUGGUACAUAUUCGUAGCGACUUAAGAAUGUUAUGAGACAUGCCUAAUUUACCAACUCUAACCAUACAACGGACGCACUUACACGCAUUAAUGUUGAAUCGUAGUAUUUUCCUUUUGAUUCCAUUCAUGUUUAACAGUGAGAUUAAAAUAUAUACAAUCACAAUUCACAAGCAUAUACGUACGUAAACGCACACAUCACUGAUGCAAUUUGUAUACACUUUAUUGCAAGUGUGUAGUCUAACGUUUAAAUUAUUGUUAUUAUUAUUUUGCAUUGCGCUUACUCAUUUAAAUAUAUAAUUUACUGAAAAGCAUAGGUUGUUUAGCGCACAUUUUCUAUAAAUUUAUUUACUAACUAGAAAAUUAUUGAGCAUAACAUAUGUUCAUAAUUUGGGUAGUUCAGUUAAUUAUUAUUAUAGCCUUUGUGUAUUUUAGUAGAACUGAACUAUAUAUUAGUAUUUAAGCUACUCGUAUAUUAUGAUUUUGAAUCGAUAUUCAUGCAUUUUAAAGUAAGUAUUUUACAACGUACAAUAUGAAUCGAAUCAAAUAAAUAAAUAACAAAAUUUAGAUGAGAAUGGACCCUACAAGUGUCAAUAAAUAACGACCCCUUGUGAGGGUUAAGGCCACAACACCAGCUUUUUCUAAGUCUUGAAAGCAUUACUUUACUAAACCUAGCUCUAUCUCUCUUCAUAGUGUCGACAUGGCUUGCGAAAACAACCUCGUUGUGAAGCAAAUCAUCGAUUUAUAUAGCCAAAUCUCGAACCUCGAGAGUCUAAAACCAUCCAAGAAUGUCGACACUUUGUUCGGACAACUCGUCUCCACGUGCCUGCCAACGGACACAGAUAUCGAUGUCACAAAAAUACACGAUGAAAAAGUCAAAGACAUGAGAUCUCAUCUCAUCAAGCUUUGUGGUGAAGCCGAAGGAUACUUGGAGCAACACUUCUCCACAAUCAUAGGCUCUUUUGAAGACAACCCACUCAACCAUUUACACAUCUUUCCUUAUUACAACAACUACCUUAAACUAAGCAAACUCGAAUUCGAUCUCCUAGCUGAACACACAAGCCAUGUCCCUACCAAAAUCGCUUUCAUCGGUUCGGGUCCGAUGCCACUUACAUCCAUCGUCUUGGCCAAGUUUCACCUUCCCAACACAACGAUCCACAACUUCGACAUCGACUCAGAGGCUAACAUACUCGCUUCAAACCUCGUGUCUCGCGAUCUAGACCUCUCGGAACGCAUGAUCUUCCACACGACUGAUGUGUUAAACGCAAAGGAAGGGUUAGACCAGUACGAUGUCGUUUUCUUGGCGGCUCUUGUUGGGAUGGAUAAAGAGUCAAAAGUCAAAGCUAUUGAGCAUUUGGAGAAGCACAUGGCUCCUGGAGCUGUGCUGAUGCUAAGGAGUGCUCAUGGUCUUAGAGCUUUCUUGUAUCCAAUCGUUGACUCUUGCGAUCUUAAAGGGUUUGAAGUGUUGACCAUUUAUCAUCCGUCUGAUGAUGUGGUUAACUCCGUGGUGAUCGCACGUAAGCUCGGUGGUUUGAGUGAAGCUCAUAGCAGCCAGAUUGAAAGGUGUGUGGUUAUGCCUUGCAAUUGCUCCAAGAUCCAUGCCAUUAUGAACAGUCGUGGUAUUAAGAAGAAUAUGAUUGAGGAGUUUACUGCCAUUGAGUAAAUACAAAAACACAACUCUCUAGCUCUCUCUAUAGAGGUAUGUAUUUAUGUUUUGCUCUUUUCAGUUUUGUUUCUAUCGUGUGCGAUAUGUUUGUUAAGCAUAAUAAUUUUGUGAGUUCUUUGGUCGUCUCAUCGGUGUGAAAUCACAGAACCCUUGUUGUAUGUACUUUUAAUUAUUUGGAUCAAUAAAACAUAAAUAAUUUUAAAAUCCCCAUAUAUUGAUAAAUCAUGAAGGUGCCUACAAAUGUAAUAAAUAAAAUGUUAUCGUCGCUAACCAAACAUAUAAUACACACUUAUAAACGAAUGUACAACGGUUGAAGAGAUCCGUUACACUGAUCAAAUAGGAUUGUCGAGAAACAAUGUAAAAAAGGGUCUAGUGUUUACCCAACCAGUUACUUUUUUUGGUCAUUUUACUUCAAAACGUUAGUUUAAGAAUAUAAAACAUAGUUAGGGCACCUCUUGAGAUUUUUUAACGACUCAAAAUCUCACAAAAUUUAAACAUUGAUUAAUGUGUUUUGUAUUACUAUUCUUUAGUCCAGAUUCUAUCUUAACACAAGGAGAUUAACGAGGAUGAUUUUUGUUAUAAACAUCCUCUACAGUUAUAUAAUUGGAGGCUGGUUUCAAAUCUAAGAAAACCUGCAAACUGAUAACUCUAACUGAGUGAAAAGAAAUACUAAACAACAUGUGGAAAACAUUAAACAUCACAAUGCCAAUAACGAAUAACUAACUAGUGAUAAGAAUUGUUUUUAAAGAAGAACUGUUUCUUUUUUCUUUUUGGUCAAAUAAAAGAACUAUUUCUGAAACAUGAAAGUAGAUGAUUUUCCAACAAGAGGAGCUGGAGUCACUGUAAUCUCCCACUUCUCUUCUGUUGGAACAGCCAGAAGGAUAGUGAUUUAAGCAAAACUCAAUCUAAAUGAUUAAAUAUAAAUUUUCUUUAUCACCAGAGUCUUUAGCUUCUACUCACUAAAUGAAUAUUCUGUCUUAUGAACCACAUAGAUCUCUCCUCUACCGUCUUGUCUUUCACCAGCACUCUUGCACUCUUCACAAACCCUCUUACAAGUUCUUGGUGUCUCCUUAAAUCCGGUAAACAUUGAAUAACGGAUAUAAUCAAACCCUAAAAACAAAUUAUCUGAAAGUAUUGCCAAAUAUGCGCUGGGAGCCUAAUUAGACCGGUUUGAUCAUGAUAGAAAAUAAAUUAAUUUAGAUAUCGCUACUACUGGUUCGCUAUUACCCCAAAUUGCUAGAACAUAUUUUAAAAGGAUAUAUAUUUAAAUAUAAACGCAAAGUAAUUUUUAAUUUUAAUUAUUUUGCAUUGAAAAUGAGAUAGUUGAAUACAUAUCUUGUAUUUUCUUAUACGAAUAUAUAAAUUAUUGAUCCGACCGACUGAAUUCGAUAACCCACCCUAGCGCAUGCAACCCAAAAAACCUUCCUUUUAUACUUUACAAGAAGAUAAAUAAACAAACAAAUA